AUGUCCACCUCUACAAGCCUAUCGAGAAAGAUUCCAAGUUUGGGACUGAUGUUCAGAAACUGCUGGAGGAGAUCAAUAAACAAAGGAUCCCAGAUUCUCUUGUCUAAUUUUCGUUCGACUUCGAGGCUCUCUUCAACCAUAUAUGUGAGGAAAUUCAGCUUAAGAAAAAUUAUGAUUCCCAAAUUCAACAAAAAAAAGGGAGAAAUGGUUAGAGAGUGGGAUCUAAGCGAGGCAUUUGAAACUCAAGUCAAUGAACUCGAGGCUCAACUUCAAGAGAAUAAAGAUAAAAUGGCCUCUUUUAACUUUCAAGUCUAUAACUAUCACAUCCAAAUUAUUAAACUGAACAAGGAAAUUACCGACCUAGAGAAGCAUAAAAUCGAACUCGGCAAGUCGCUGAGUCACUUCGCACUAGGGAGAAAAUCGAUCAACAAGCAGACAAAGGAGUUUAACAUGUUGUAA